AUCUGAUUGUGGUGGUUCAACAGUACCAUGUGGUCAACCAUUGACUAAUAGUGAUACAGGUUUAAUAACAUCUUGUACUGGACAACCAUCACCAUGUUUACAAUACAUACCUAAUUAUAGUAAUUGUACAGGAAGUACUGUUAACUAUAGAUGUAUUUCAAAAGAAAAUGGUCAGGAUAUGUGUCAAGUCCCGUUAACUUUAAAAGGAAAUGUAAACAGAAUAUACCUGCUUUCACCAAAUUAUCCAAAUGUUGCAAGUGGUUUUAAACUAAAUGAAAUGAGUUGUGAAUGUGUUAUACGUGGUACAAGUAUAACAUCUAUAACUAUAUUAGAUCUUAGAUUACAAACAUCUAGUGAUGGAACAAGAUCUAAUUUAUUUAUACAAUAUGGUGAUAUAACUUAUAAUAAAACAAGUAGAGAAAACUCUCAAUCUGCUUUACAAAUUGAUAAUCACAGACUACAAACAACAACAACAAUAUCAGCUGAUAUCAUAUUUACUCAUCAACGCAUAAAUGGACUAAAACUAUGGAUUGAAAUACAAGGUAUAUCUUUGUCGGGGCUCUGUAAUAAUAUACCUACAACAACUGUUCCACCAAGAACCACCACACCAUUUAUUUACACACCAACACCCAUUACACCAUUUAUUUACACACCACGACCAGAUAGUACUAGUUCAUCUUCUACACAGAAUAAGAUUUCUACCAGUACAACUACAAUAAAUAACAGACCUUCAAGCGCUACACCCAAUCCCAAUACGUCAUCAGAAACAUCAACUGAAAUAUCACAAACAGCAACUACUCGAUUCGACAGUGCAGCACAACAAACAAACAAUGAUACCAAUAUCAUCAUUGUAUUGGCUACUUUAUUAUCUCUUUCAAUGGUACUGGUCAUAGUUUUAUUUCUUAUGUACAGAAAAGGUAAAUUACGAUGUCUAAAUCAACCAGGUAAUCCUGGAACAGAGAAUUCAAGGGCGAUAACUUCGUCAGAACCUGGUACUACUUACAGUACUCUUUCUAAUGUAGACAGACAUAAUACAGAUAGUGCUUACCAGGAAUUACAAACCAGGAAUUCUAAUUCACCUUAUAAUAAUCUUCCAUAUUCUGGUACAAGUGAGGUGGAACCUGGUACUAACUAUAGUAGUCUAUCUGAUGGUAACAGACUUGAUAAAUAUAACAAUAGUUACCAAGAACUACAGACAAGGACCCCCACGUCACCUUAUAACAAUCUCCCUUAUACUAGUGAACAUCAUACAUAUAGUAAUCAAUAAUUAUCAUAUCAGAACUAAUACCACUAAAGAUCCCGUCUUCAUUAGCCCAGUCGGUGCAGGACGCUGAGCCCCAUUUCAUUUCAUUUUCCCACUUAGGAUUUCUAGCAAUUGCUGCAAAACUCUGGUUGCUAGGGAGUCCGGAUGUGUUUUCUCCCCCCACACGCGAGAAUUUCGGCCUAUUAUGUGUAUUUAAUAUGCCUUAUUAUGUGCAUUUGAUAUGCACUAUUGUGUGUAUUUAAUAUGCAUUUUUAUGUGUAUUUGAUAUGCCCUAUUAUGUGUAUUUAACAUGCCUUAUUAUGUGUAUUUGAUAUGCCCUAUUAUGUGUAUUUGAUAUGCCUUAUUAUGUGUAUGUAAUAUGCCUUUUUAUGUGUAUUUGAUAUGCCCUAUAAUGUGUAUUAGAUAUGCCUUAUUAUGUGUAUUUGAUAUGCCCUAUUAUGUUUAUUAGAUAUGCAAUAUUGAAACCGCACAAUAGAUUUAUGUCUGUUAUAAAUAAAGUUAAAUAUGUUACUGAUAAUUCUUUUCAAUAAAAUGUGGGGAAAUUAUUUUACAAGGUUAAUCUAUGAAAUAAAAGACAAAACUUUA